UGCUGGGUGACGUAUGCCGGAAAUGCAACCAGAUUUCAAAAGUGUUUGAAUGAGCAGGUUUUUUGCCGUUUGUUUCUGUCACAAAAGCUCUUUCCCUGCGGUCGGAGUCAUGCAAACGUGGAGUCUCGUAUCGAUUAGCGUGUUGCUUGGUGUCGCUGUGAGAUGGGGCGUGUCGUUAAAUUCAUACUCAGGGGCUGGGGAACCUCCCAUGUUUGGUGACUAUGAAGCCCAAAGACACUGGCAAGAAGUGACUUACAACCUCCCACUGCAGGAAUGGUAUUUUAAUAGUACUGACAAUGACUUGAACUACUGGGGGCUUGACUAUCCUCCUCUCACUGCUUACCACAGCUGGCUCUGUGCUCAUAUAGCCAAGAUUAUUAACCCGGAAUGGGUGGAGCUGCAUAAAUCUAGAGGUUAUGAGAGUCCAGAGCACAAGUUAUUCAUGCGAACUACAGUCUUAGUCGCAGAUGUGUUGAUAUACAUUCCUGCAGUUGUGUUAUACUGUUUAUGUCUGACUGAUGGCUCCUCAAAGAAAAAGGUUUCCAGUCUUCUUUGCAUUCUUCUUUACCCAGGAUUAAUUCUCAUUGACUAUGGGCAUUUUCAGUACAACUGUGUGAGUCUGGGUUUUGCCCUGUGGGGGGUUCUGGCUCUGGGUCUGGGUUGGGAUGUGUUCGGCUCCAUGGCCUUCUCCCUGGCUCUCAACUACAAACAGAUGGAGCUGUAUCACGCACUGCCCUUCUUCUGUUACCUGCUGGGAAAGUGUGUCAAAACCGGCCUGAUGGGACGCGGGUUGUUCCUGUUGGUGAGAGUUGCCACAGCGGUGUUGGUGACUUUUGCCCUCUGCUGGUGGCCCUUCYUGUCUGACCCCAGCCAGGCCUCGCAGGUGGUCAGGAGGAUCUUUCCCGUGGCUCGGGGUUUGUUUGAGGACAAGGUGGCCAAYGCAUGGUGCAGCCUGAACACCCUGAUAAAGAUCAGAUCCAUUCUGUCAGCCGACUCUCAGCUCUACCUCAGUUUUGCCUUCACUCUCCUGGCAGCUCUGCCUUCCUCUGUCAAGCUGCUGACACAGCCCACUUUCUGGCACUUUAAACUGGCCUUGGUGAACUCGUCUUUGGCCUUUUUUCUCUUCUCCUAUCAAGUCCACGAAAAGUCCAUCCUACUGGUUUCCCUGCCAGUUUGCCUCCUCCUGAAUGACCUUCCAUUCAUGGGGCUUUGGUUCCUGCAGGCCUCUACUUUCAGUUCUACAUUAGUGUUGCAGUCAUGGCUGGUUUGAGUGUCCUGAGCGUAGUUUCGAACCCUCCGCCACAUCUACCCGACCUGUUUCCUGUCCUGGUGUCUGCGACUGCUUUCCUGCAGUUUUUGGGAAUAUUUAUACACUUUAACGUUCUUCAGUUCAGCAAGCCAAUCAGCAAAAAGAGCCAGAAGAAAACCAACUAAUGAUGGUAUUACAKCAGUGAAAUUAGCUUUACACUGUGUUGUUUACCUGCUCUUUUUAUGAUGUUUUCUUUAAAAUUAAAAAUGGAACAAGUGCUUCUUAAAGGUUUCUUGGACUUGAAAACUGUAGAUUCRGAGGAAAUUUGUCAACAGUUGUCCUGCAUGGACCAGCAAAGUUGAUACAAUUCCUAAAAGAGUUUUAUUUGUUGUCAAAACUCAGGAUCUGAACUUUCCAAACAACUUGGUCUUGAGUCAUGUGAACAUUUUUCUCAAGYUGUUUUUGCUUCUGCUUAAUGACAAUUUAAAGAURAACAGAUGCUGGUAUUGUUCAGCCCGCACUCAUGACUUUACCUUGCUACAAUAAUACCAACUUURUAACAGUGUGAAGUUAUUGUUAAAGGAAAAAGACGUGUGGAUUGAAUUUUGCAGUUAUUUUUAAGGCCAUAGUUUGUGUUGGUGAAAGGUAUUCCUGACAUUUUGUCUACUUUCUUGGUGUUUGGAUUGUGGUAAACACAUUAUUGAUGGGCUGGACUCCUGUCUGGCUGAAUGGACCAAUUGGUAUAAAAAGAUCCUUUUUCCACCGUGUAUUUCUACACAUCAUUAAAGUUGUUUUAUACAAACUU